AACAUUAAUUGAGAAUAUUUGAAUUGAUUAAAUUUCAUUGAUGGAAAGUUAUUGGAAAGUGCAUGAUAAAGUAAAAAAUACAUUAAAUUAUAAAUAUUUAUUAAAUUCUUAAUAAGCGUGUAUACUCUAGAAAAUCUUACUUUCAGGAACAUAUGGAGUAUUAUCAUCCCCGAAAUCGCGGAUAAACAUGCUAGAUUAGAUAUCAUUGGAAACAUUAAAAUAAAUGAAAAUCUAGCAUUGAUGACACAAUUUUCUUAAAUACAUAUAUGUGAUAAUCAUUAUUCUUUAAUAAAAAAAAAUCACCCACAAAUCAAAUUAAAACAAUUAAUUGGAGAGUUAUUUUAUGAGUGACAAAUAAGUAAAAUUAAUAUAUAGUAAGAUAAGAUAAGAUUUAAAAAUUAAAGGAAAAAAAAACACUUUUUAGUACUUUGAAUCUGAAUCGACGAAACCGAAACACUGAAUGGGUAAUUUACAAUUACAACCUGGCCGUUUCCAUUCCAAAACCGACGUCAUUUCUCGAUGCUAUAAAUUGCUCGCGGAGAUGAACAUGUAUGGUCACUUCAUUUCUUCUCCGACAACUUCUCCCUCCUAGGUUUUUGUCUUUCCAUCAAGACAUGCAUGGUUACUUCUCUCACCAUUGAAAUUGUAUCUCAAAGUCGUAGUAUUACAUAGUCGCCAUUUCCGAGCACAAUUCUCUGAAACCGAAAGCUAACAUGGCUGAACCUGCAACGAAAGAGGAGAAGAUGAUACCAGACUGGACUAAGCUCCCUGAAGAGCUUCUUCAGAUUAUCACCCAUAAAAUGAACUGUUUCGAUGUUGUUCAUUCUCGCUCCGUCAGCACCUUGUGGCGAUCGGCAUUCCCAUAUCCGGCUUCCCUGCUGCGCUCAAGCUACUCUCUUCCCACUUAUCCUGUCGAAAAGGACGGCUUGUGCUCCCUCCACAAGAUCCCUUUCCUCCUCGCCAUUGAUGAGUCGGCUUCUGAGUUUUUCAUGGGAUUAGUAGGCCGAGACGAGUCUGCUGACUACAUGGAGGUGGUCCCAUCUCCUCUUCAGUGCUCGCUAAGGGUGAAGAUGCGAAAAUCUGAUCCAACAAUAUUGAUGAACGUGAUCGGCUCCCAGAUCGUAUCUCUAGGCCAUCAGUACACAAUGGUUUGUUGGGAUCCUAAAGGAUUGAGAACAACUUACAAAAACGCUGCUGCUAUUCUUCCGCUAGGAGGAGGAGAGUUCGUUGUGCUCCGUAUCUUCUCGGGAACUUUGUUCGUGUUAACAAGUACUAAAAGGAAGUGGGUGCGGCUUCGGGGCGUUCCAAGUUUUCGAUGCACUGCUUUAGUCACUUUUAGAGGAAGGUUCUAUGCUUCUUUCUUCUAUGACAAGGAAAUUCUAGCUAUCCAUCCUUAUUCGCUAGUAGCAGUUCGCCUGAUACCUCAAAACUUUACCUAUGAAAUCACUCAUCUGAUUCCAGCUGGUGAUGAUGAGCUUUUCCUGGUUAAGAAAAACAAACCUAAUAAUGGUUCUGUAACAUGUACAGUGAGUAGGCUGGUGGGUUUAGGAUGGGCCGAGGUCGAUGAUCUGGGAGACCGUGUGUUGUUUCUUGGACAAGAUCGUGCAAAUGUCUACUUCUCGGCUAACCAGCUUCCUGAUGGUUGUGGUGUGACCGGGAACUCGAUUUUGUUCUCCGCACGACCAGGCGUUGAAACCUACUUCUAUAAGUAUGGACCACCCGAAGUUCCAAAAAAAAACGUGGUGGGUGAAUGGAGAAUCUCAAGAGAAAGCCGUGUGAAAUUCAUUGAUUCUCAUGAGGCUUAUGCUUUCCGGGUUGAGUUUUGAAUUCUAUGUCUUGCUUUGGGUACUUUAGGACAUCUAUUGCUUUUGUUUUUGUUUUUGUUAGAUCAAAACAAACUUUUUCCUAUGAUUUUAGGUAUUGACGUGAUGUCUGGGGAAAAAUGUUUUGGGUGGCCUUUCUCUUAAUGAAGUUUCAGUUUGUCUUAUUUGCCUGGAGAAGUUUCCAGUCGUAUCAAAAUACUUUCUUGGUUAUGUUAUGGUCCUUGUAGAUUAUUAAUUUGCAAGCAUGUUGACUCUACAAGUCUUCCUCUGAAACCAAUCUCUUCAUUAAAUAUAGUGCUAGCACAACUUUGCAUUUCAUUUUCCUAUUAGUAAUAGAUAACUCUUAAUACUAUUAAGAUUAUAUCAAGCCUAUCUUAUCCUUCACCAACUAGUUAGUGAUAUAUUGGGUUCCAAGCUAUCCAAGUUUAUCCAACAUAAUUCAAGAAGAACAAUUGAGUCGGAAUAUCUAAACUGGUUAGUCUAGAUUAUAUAAACUGGUUAUUUUUGUUUGAUCACCAAGUCAUUGUCAAUUUAUAGUCCAUGGAUUCGGAUUCCUUGUCUCUCUCUUGAGUCUUGCUCAGGUUCUUCCAAUAGCUUUUACAAAGGUGAAUAAGAUCCGAAUGGCAAAGAGGAUGAGCCUAUUGGAUAAACACUGGCGUGAAGUGGUCUAUAAGCUUUUUGGUUUGAGAAGGAACGUAAGAGAAUGAGAUUGGUAGGAGGUUGGAAAGAGUUCUACGACGCUAAUGAUGUGAAGAUAUAAGAUUCGAUCAUGCUGGAGCUGAUUUGGUAAGCAGACAGAAACUAUAUUCCAACGUUCUGUUCCAAUGUGAAAUCCAUUAAGAAAAUUAAAUUGUACCUCAAGUUAUUGAAUUGCAUGAAUCAAUGUUUUAACCGGUGAUAUCUGUUUGUAACAAAGGCUGUGCUAAAGUCGAAUUCUGGAAUGCUAUGUUUGUGUGAAGAAGACAAUGAAAUCUGCUUUUGAUGUGUUGGCAUUUUUUUUUUUUUUUGACAACAAGACAAUUACAGACUCAUAUUGACUCUGUAAACCAGAUCGGCAACUCCGCGUCCAUAUGAACGACGAAAGACGGUUGUUUCCUAGCACUACGUGCCAUGCUAUCCACCCGUAGGUUCUCCGUUCGGGGUACAUAAAUGAUAUCUGAGUUGUGGAAGCUUCUUCGUAAAAGCUUAAUAUCUUCUAGGUAGCUUUCAAAUGCUGGCCAUUCUUCUGGUUCCGAAACCAUCUUCACCAAUUGAGAACAAUCCGUUGCAAACGUAACCUGAAACUGUCGUAAGUUCUUCAUACAUUCCAUUGCCCAAAUCAACGCCUCCACCUCCGAGUGAAGAGAUGAUAGACACGCCCUUACAUUCCUUGCCCCUAAUAAACCAUCAAAACCCGGUAAGGCAUUAUUUUUUGAAAUAGUGGUCCUCAGUUAUGCUGUGAGCUUGUUACUUCACUUGUUUGCUAAGCUGAUACAUACGUUUACUUGAGCUAGUUUGUAGUUAAGUCUUAUAGAAGCUGAAUCACAAAUAUACUGGAAAAUGUCAAAUCAUUCAGUGGUUAAGUUGUGUUCAUAAGAAGAAAUAAUUUUGAAAGCUUGCGGAAACAAUAUAUUAAAUCUAAAAGUAAAUAAAUAGCAUAAAAACUAACAUCUUUAUGAUUAAUUUGUAUUCUUUUGCUAUUUAGUGAUUCAUUUGUGUUGGGGUCAAAAUCGGUCACGACGGAAUCAAUGUCUAAAACUCCCCGAAAAAUAUUUCUCGAUUUGUGAAUUUCGUAUAAUUUUAUUGAAAAUAUUAUACGACGAAGUUAUUAAUAUUAUUGGGAUAAAAAACGGACACGACGAAGUUAACAUUCAAAUAUCCGUAAAAAUCAGCAUGAACGUUUUUACGAAAAGUAAUCUUUGUAAAGAAAUCUUUACGAAGAACUUUGCGGUGAAAUCUUGCACUAAUCUCGGUUGAUUCAUCGAAAGUAAACACCCAUAGUCCAAGAACACGUUCAUAAAACGUCAGAAAAGGAUCCAAACAAGGUCUCCACGUAGCGACCGGUCCGCGAACGAGCCGGUCGCUACGUAGCGACUGACCCACGAACGAGUCGGUCGCUACGUAGCGACUGACCCGCGAACGAGUCGGUCGCUAUGUAGCGAUCGUCCAAGCCAUUCGGUCGGUCGCUACGUAGC